UGAUGAGGAAAAAAACAGCAAAAAGAUAAAAUAGCUCAACAACUACUAAAAAUAACUCAAGAUUAACAGGUGCCGUUGUAAAGGCAUAGCCUCGCCCCAUAACAUUACCAUCAUAACAAGAAGCGAGUGAUUUUCAAUGAGACUUACCUUGUCGAAAUGGCAGCCAAAUUCCCGUUACAAGCUGCUUAUCAAGUUGGCAUUUCUGCUAAACUGCCUGUAGAACUUGCUGCCAAAGCUCUCACUCAGCCAUGGCUUACAAUGAAAAUCUUUCAGCCAGGAAGUUAUCUUUCAAAAGCACCUGAACAUUAUAAGAAAUUUUACUGGGACUGGAAGAGAGCACCUCGUACUCCAGUUCAUUAUAUUCCAGAGACUGCUAACUGGAAGAAGUUGCCCACAGGAGAAGUGCAACAGGUAGAGGAUUUGCCUAUACCACUCAUGGAGCCAAAGAGUUGCAUCAAGGGAUAUGGGUGGAGAGGCUGUCAUCAAGGAUUCGUAAAAGAAAAGAGACUAUACGUCGUACUCCUCGAUUUUGGGUUCCUACCCUCCAGUCUACAGUCUUUUAUUCAGAAAAUACUGGAUAAACAUAUUAAUGUAGUUGUAACAAAACGAACUUUAAGACUUGUAGAUGAACAUUAUGGGUUUGAUAACUACAUUUUGAAGCAAGCAGAGAUAGAAGUGUAA